AUGAGCCUCACAAACUACAUGGCCAGCCUCAUGUCGGAGGCGCAGCAGCUCGGCAAGGCGUACGUGGACUCGCUUGUUGCCCCGGGGGAGCAAAAGGACCACGACGCGCCCGGCGGUCGUGCGACGGCGACGGUGGCGACGGUGACGCCGAUAUUUGCCUCCACGCACAAAACACACGGCGACUCCGCCACCGCCGAGCACAGGCGGAACCUCGACAGCAGCACCACUAGUAGUGCGCACUCGGCGCACCACCGCGGGGUCGCGGCGGCGGCCCGUGAUAAGGCGCACGAUGUGCGGCCGCAGCACGCGUCCGCGGAGAUCUCGGGGCAGCUCUGCGGGCACCUCUUGCGACCCGUCGAGGCGGCCGCAGAGAGACCCUCUUCCUCCGCGUCCUCCAGCGGACCCGUGGAGGCGGUGGCGGUGGCCUCGCUGCGAAGGCACGCGGUGAAGAAGGCGGGGAGGGCGCCCCGCUCAAGGUUUGGGGCGGUCAAAAUUCAGCCGGAGCCUGCGACGGCGGCGAUCGCCACUUCUGCCCCCGUCGGUGCGCCGCCCCGGCAGUCGCGGGGUGAAAACACAGGCAGCUCUUCUUUGCCCGAAGAGAAACACGCGACGGUUGUUGCUGUGGCUGCCUCUCGUGCGGCUUCGCCGAGCUGCAGGCGGCGGCGGCAGCAAAGUAUUCUGCAGCAGCUUCACGCCAGUUUAGAACAGCGGGCGGCACCUGCAGGCGCAGGGUGGGCAAAAGACGCCCUCGCGCACUUUGCGACGAAGGUGGCAGUUAAGGCUCUCACGCCUGCCGCGACGGCGACGGCGCCUUCGACAAGCUCAGUGCCGUCGUCCUCCGUGGAGCUGCCCUCUGCAGAGGCCUGGCGCCAAACUGAGGUUGAGCUUCGACGCUCCGUGCGGCGUGCCAUACCCUGCGAGGUGUUCGGGCCGUACUCCUCCGCUCACGACAGCGCCACCGCGGUCGAUGCCUUGGUGCCUCCAGGGAAUGUAGUCUAUUCGAAUGGCCGUUGCGUGAUAACGCUGCAGCAAGCCCUUCGUGAGUCGCUGGCGACGGCACGGUGCUGGUGUGAUGAACAUCUCACUCGACCCACGACGCUGCCGCUGCUGCCGUCGUCGUCCAGUUCUGUUGCGGAGUGUGGGGUUUCUGCGUUUCUGGCGCAGUGUUUCACCCCGCUGCUGCGCACAGGGGUGGGGCAGGUCCAUGACGGGGCGCCGCGGCCUCCGCCCCUGCCUGAGCAGCGGCUGCAGCUCGAGAGAACGGCGCUGGAUGCGUGGGCGAAAGCGGCGAUGGAGCUCUUCUGCGAGAAAUUUCUUGCGGCGGAGGCGGCGGAGUUGGGGCGGCCUACGCCCGCGGAUGCUCGUGUAAGCCCCUCUGUGUGCCUGGAUGCCGUGGAAAGCGCCAUGCGUGACGGCACGGCCGCCCUCUGGCUAAUGCGAGAGGCGAUGGUUUUGACGCUGCUACUGCUCUGCGCCCUGCAGUCCUGCGCUUCAUGA